CGGAAUUAAAAAAACCAUCCAGUCAAGUCUCUCUUACCAAACUUCAGUCUCUAUUAGACUUAGUUCUUCGUAAUCCUUCCUCUGUCGCAUACACUGAUCCAUUUAAAGAAGAUGUCAAAGUGGAGAUGAGCACUGUCCGUUUAGUAGAUCAAUUACUACGUAUAAUAAACGUAGAAACAGCGCCAGUAAGUCGAACCAAUAGUUUUAGUGAAAGUUUGGGGAUUCGAAAAGAAAUUGGUAGGAUAGGAGAUGAAAGUGAAUAUGAAGGUUCUGAGGAUGGCUCUAUAAGUGGUGAAAGAUUUGGUUAUGCAGUAGGUGUAGUAUGGAAUGUAGGAGGUAGCAAGCAACCGUUAAUGGGAAUUGAUGCACUUACUUUGGAUUAUACAGUAACUUUUCCACUGUCUCUCGUAAUUUCUCGUAAGGCUCUUACCAAAUAUCAACUAUUAUUUAGACAUUUGCUUCACCUUAAAUAUGUUGAACAAUUAUUAUGCAACACCUGGAUUGAACAUUCAAAGUCAUUUUAUUGGAGGAAAGGGUCAGGUCAUCCUACCAUUGAAGCUUGGAAAAGUCGUGUUUUUGCUCUUCGUCAAAGGAUGUUAGUUUUCGUACAACAAUUUGCAUAUUAUAUUACCAAUGAAGUUCUAGAACCCCAAUGGAGAAAUUUGGAGGCUAAUCUAGCAAAGGUAUCUACUGUUGAUCAAGUAUUACAAUAUCAUUCUGAUUUUCUCGACACGUGUCUUAAGGAAUGCAUGCUAACGAAUGCAAAACUAUUGAGAACAUAUUCAAAGUUGGCUUCUGCGUGUGUCCUUUUUUCAAACAACACCGAAAAAUUUAUGAAAUCUCUCACCAUACUCGAAUCACAAGUAGAAUCUGUGUCAGACCCCAUACAAAUAGACUCACAAGAUCGUACCUUGCAAUUAUUUGAAAAAUUUGAAGAUUAUUUUCUUUAUCAUAUUAAGUUGUUAAUUGAAUGUCUAAAUUUUUAUUCCGCAACUGAAACAGUUCAAUUUUUAUGUUUG